CGCAGGAAAACGCGUCCAUUCGCAGCACACCUUGCUCGAUGAACUUCGUGAGCGGCUUUGUCGAAGUAUUCAAAAGAAACAUGGAAGCGUUCGUGAUCUAGAUGAGAGUAGGUUUUAUUUACAGUAAUUGGAUGGACUUGUUUUAAAACGAGUCUGUUGAAAAGUGUGGUUCCAAAGACUGCAUUUUGUUUUUAAAUCGGCGGAAAGAAGCCCAACAAUUUAUUUGUGAAAAAUUUGGAAAUCUGUCAAGUGAAUAACUUCUAGAACUCUUAUUCCAAUCUCUGGCGAUGCGACUCCGAGAAAUGCAGCUGGUUAAAGGUUAUAUGUGGGCCAUUCUAGCAGUCGCCAUGGCGCUUGCUCUUUUUAUCACCUUCUACACAUUUUCUUGUCAAGAUAUCCAUAGAUACCUAACGAGAACUGAUGUGAGCGUUUCGUCAGACAGCGAUUCCUGGAAAGCGGCUGCUCAGUCGGAAUUUCUGUUAGCUGAUUGGUUAAAUGUGGCCAAUCACAAAAGGCUCUCCGUCGAUUUAGAUUGGUCAAGUAUAAAAAUGAAACCGAAGCCCGAAAAAAGCGAAAUGAACGAUAAAUGGGUAGUCAUCACGACGAUAAACUAUCCCACUGAUGAUGUCAAGAAACUUGCGAAAAUGGAUGGAUGGAAAGUGGUGGUUGUCGGGGAUACGAAGACGCCAUCGGAUUGGAGCCAUCCCAACUGCGUAUUUCUGAGUGUCAAACGACAGAAAGAACUUGGCUAUCGAAUCGCUGAUCUCCUGCCUUACAAGAGCUAUGCCCGUAAGAACAUCGGAUAUCUGUACGCCAUCCAGCACGGCGCCAAAUACAUCUAUGACACGGAUGACGAUAAUCACCCAACCUCAGGAAAACUCGAGUUCCACGAUAAAGAAAAAGGGGAGUAUUACAUUUACAAAACGAGCGCGAAUGUGGUCAACCCUUAUGCGAAUUUCGGUCAAAGGACGAUAUGGCCACGAGGGUACCCCUUACAGAAUAUCUCAGCGCCUAUGGUGAAGACGUUCGUGAAAUGUAAGAAUGUUCAGACAUCGAUUCAGCAAGGAGUGGUGGAUGGUGACCCUGACGUUGAUGCUAUCUUUAGACUAACAAGAAAGGACGAAAACGUUCGGUUAGAUGUCAAGUUUGACCCUAAAGCCCCUCCCAUAUUACUUCCACCAGGAACAAUGGCACCUUUUAACUCACAAAACACGUUUUUCCUUGAUAAAGGCUUAUGGGCCCUUCUCAUUCCCAUCACCACAAAGUUCCGCGUGUGUGACAUCUGGCGGGGGUACUGGGGACAACGGUUGCUAUGGGAAAUCGGCGGGCACUUGUCGUUUUUCCCGCCAAAUGCGAUGCAGUAUCGUAGUGCACACGAUUACCACCUCGAUUUUGUGGACGAAGUCGACCUUUACAAUGAUGCAGGCAGAUUAGUGGAGUUUCUUAGAGAGUGGAAAUCACCGCGUAAGGAUUUCUUCAGCCGAGCUCUGGACCUCACGGUUUCCAUGGUAGAUAACCGCUUCAUGUUCCCCAAGGACGCAAUUCUUACUGAAGCGUGGCUUUAUGACUUGGUAAGCAUCGGUUACAAGGUUCCAUCGCUAAGCCCUACUCCAAAGGAAUGCAAAGAAAUAAUUCAGGACAAGGUGGUACUGGAACCGAAUGAGCAGCCAAGCUCGUACCUCAGUGCUGGCAAGAAACUUGUCCGUGUCAGCUAACUAUAGGAAACUCGAUACCUGAAGAUUGUCGGGAUCUAUAAAAUAUAGGAAAUAAGGGAGCAGAAUACCUAAAGAUUGUCGAGAUCUGUGAAAUAUAGGGAACUCGAUACCUGAAGAUUGUCGGGAUCUGUGAAAUAUAGGAAACUCAAUACCUGAAGAUUGUCGGGAUCUGUAAAAUAUAGGAAACUCAAUACGUGAAGAUGUCGGGAUCUGUGAAAUAUAGGAAACUCAAUACCUGGAGAUUGUCGGGAUCUGUGAAAUAUAGGAAACUCAAUACCUGAAGAUUGUCGGGAUCUGUGAAAUAUAGGAAACACGAUACCUGAAGAUUGUCGGGAUCUGUGAAAUAUAGGGAACUCGAUACCUGAAGAUUGUCGGGAUCUGUGAUAUAUAGGGAACUCGAUACCUGAAGAUUGUCGGGAUCUGUGAAAUAUAGGAAACUCAAUACCUGAAGAUUGUCGGAAUCUGUGAAAUACAGCGAACUGACACUACCUGAUAAUACCUGAAGAUUGUUCGGGUUAGUUAUCUCAGAGACACAUUCAGAAAAGCUAAGUUAUUUAUGUCUUUUGUGGGAGUGUUCAUUAAGUACCCCCGAGGGGGAGGGAAGAUACUGGGGCCCUCGAACGGGGGCUCGCAUUAUUCUUUUAUGAGUUCUACUGAAAUCCUCAUACUGUCUAAAGGGCUCUGAAAUUUUAAAAAGUCUUCUCUCCUCCCCUUCUUGGUAUUUAUAGCCAAAUUCGUUGUUGCGCGACCUCGGCAAAUCCAAAAUCCAUGUCUCGUUUGGGAAUAGCGCGUAGUCAGACACAAGCUUUGGGGGCGGUUUGUCUGGUUUUGAUUGUUUGGUUUGAUUAACUACGCGCUAUUCCCAAACGAAGAAAUGAAUUUUGGAUUCUGGCAGGUCGAGCAACAACGAAUUAUUAAUGUACCAGAUAAUUCAAAAGCUUUUAAAAGACACUUUCACAUACGAAUUCCAUUAUCGUGUACAUAUUUCAAAUUAAAUUACCUGGUGCAACAUCAGACCUCUUGUUUGCGCGUCGUUUUCGUGCAAUUUAAAAUAAAUACCAUAGUUAUUUAUUUAACAUUAUUUUACGUAAUGCCUUACGAGUAAUGCCUUUGUCGUUAAGUUUUGAACAUUGCCGCGGUCUGGAAUACAUGGGACACGCGGUUCAAGGUAUAUCCAAAUUACGUAAUGAUACCCGAAAGUUACCCUAGGCACCAGAGCCUCCAGACUUGGGUCAGUACGCAGCUCUUACAAGCUGCAAUUUGAUUGGGCAAAUGAACAAUAUCCGCACCUCGACACAAAGAAGGAGAAGAAUAGAGACAAAAGAACUCCUUUGUAGAACAAAGAUAAUAGGAGACAAAGCAGCUGCGUACAUACUCCCAGACUUCGCUCGUCCGGUGACGCUAAGCCGAAAUGCUCGUCACGGCAAUCAAGCCUAACAAUCUCGUCGAUAUCUCGCAUAUGAAAGAGAGUUGAACUAGAUGGGGACAGGUGUUGAGCUGGGAAGAAAGCUUGGGCGACACGCGUCACGGGCAUUAUUAUCCAGCUGAGCAAGACAGUUCUACGUAGACAGUUCUACGCAGAUAGUUCUACGCAGAUAGUUCUACGCAGAUAGUUCUACGCAGAUAGUUCUACGCAGAUAGUUCUACGCAGAUAGUUCUACGCAGAUAGUUCUACGCAGAUAGUUCUACGUAGAUAGUUCUACGCAAAUAGUUCUACGCAGAUAGUUCUACGCAGAUAGUUCUACGUAGAUAGUUCUACGUAGAUGGUUCUACGCAGAUCGUUCUACGCAGAUAGUUCUACGCAGACAGUUCUACGCAGACAGUUCUACGUAGACAGUUCUACGCAGAUAGUUCUACGCAGAUAGUUCUACGCAGAUAGUUCUACGCAGAUAGUUCUACGCAGAUAGUUCUACGCAGAUAGUUCUACGCAGAUAGUUCUACGCAGAUGGUUCUACGCAGAUGGUUCUACGCAGAUGGUUCUACGUAGAUGGUUCUACGUAGAUGGUUCUACGUAGAUGGUUCUACGUAGAUGGUUCUACGUAGAUGGUUCUACGUAGAUGGUUCUACGCAGAUGGUUCUACGUAGAUAGUUCUACGCAGAUAGUUCUACGAAGACAGUUCUACGCAGAUAGUUCUACGCAGAUAGUUCUACGCAGAUAGUUCUACGCAGAUAGUUCUACGCAGAUAGUUCUACGCAGAUAGUUCUACGCAGAUAGUUCUACGCAGAUAGUUCUACGCAGAUAGUUGUACUCAGAUAGUUCUACGCAGAUAGUUCUAUGUAGAUAGUUCUAUGUAGAUAGUUCUACGCAGAUAGUUCUACGCAGACAGUUCUACGUAGACAGUUCUACGCAGAUAGUUCUACGCAGAUAGUUCUACGCAGAUAGUUCUACGCAGAUAGUUCUACGCAGACAGUUCUACGCAGAUAGUUCUACGCAGAUAGUUCUACGCAGAUAGUUCUACGCAGAUAGUUCUAUGUAGAUAGUUCUACGCAGAUAGUUCUACGCAGAUAGUUCUACGCAGAUAGUUCUAUGUAGAUAGUUCUAUGUAGAUAGUUCUACGCAGAUAGUUCUACGCAGAUAGUUCUACGUAGAUAGUUCUACGCAGAUAGUUCUACGCAGAUAGUUCUACGCAGAUAGUUCUACGUAGAUAGUUCUACGUAGAUAGUUCUACGCAGAUAGUUCUACUUAGAUUGUUCUACGCAGACAGUUCUAAGUAAGUUGUCAACUUGUGUUUUACCUUCUUCUAAUGUUUCUAGUCAUUGCGGAGAGGGUGAUAACGAAAUAUUGAAAUAAUGUAUAGACUUGAAUUCAACGCAAGUAUUUUAUGUACAUCCGGCACUAGAAUUUGUAAGUAAAAAAGAAAAAGACCAAGAUCA